AAAUUAUAUGCGUUAUGUGCGCUCAAGGGCUGGAUUGAAUGCGAAAAUGUUAAGGGACAUUUACAAAUCAUCCAUUUUCUGAGACUGACCAACAAACAACCCAAAGGAAGUCAUGGCGGUGACCAGCUACAAGGAGGUGUCUUUACGGGAUAGGCUAGUAUUCUAUCUCGCUGUGCCCUUUGUCGUCCCGAGCAUCGUGGUUUCUUGCCUGGCUACGCGUUUGCUGAGAUCAAGUGAUUACAGCAUCUCACAGGACGUUUUGCUGGCACUCGUCCGCAGGUAUUUAAAGAUCCUUUUGAAGGAGAAAAGAAUCUAUGUUGGCCUUUGAUAUUUAGGACGUUGGCUUAUGUCUUGUUUUAUUAUAGGCUACGAAUGAUGCCGUUGUCUAUAAGACGAAAACUUGGACAGCAAGACCAUCUCGCUGCUAUACGAGCCUCGCAUCGGUUUUCAGAACGAAGCCCGGUGCUAUGUGAAAAGGUAUCAAGGCAACCACAUUUUGAGGGAUAUUGGGUAUGUAGAGGAUCAAUCAAAGGUCCCCAGAAGCCGCCAUGUAAAUCAAAUGUUGUCUUACUCUGGCUGCACGGAGGUGGCUAUAUAACUGGAACAGCACUCGCUGGAGUGGCUCGAUUGUUGCGGAUCGCAGAAAUGGUAGAAGAACAGAACCUAACCAUAAGCAUUUUUGCAUUGGAAUACUCUCUCACCCCAGAAGCACAAUUUCCAGCGCAGGUGGAGGAGGCGAUUUCCGCCUACAGAUACCUGAUUAAAGAGGAGAGAAUUAAUCCUAACAGUAUCUUCGUCUUAGGAGAGUCAGCUGGGGGACACUUGGCUUUGUCGCUUGCAUAUGGCUUACAUCUACAAGAGAUAUCUAGACCCGGCAAAGUCGGGCUACUUUACCCUUGGGUCAACUUGAGCAAUUCGGGUUCUAGCUUCCACACGAAUAAGUACAGUGACUGCCUCGACAAAGAAGAUCUAGACCGUGGCGUUGACUGGCUUCUUGGAAAAGAUGGGCGAUUGGUAUUCGCCGACUUUCUUAAUUUUGCAUCGUCUCCUCGCCCCAAAGGCAUGCAUUGGGCUGACAUUUUGCCAUCGACGUGGGUUACUAUUGGUGGUAAUGAUUUGUUAAUUUCAGAUGUAUCUGACUUCGUGGAGGCUGCCAGAAAAGAUGGCGUUUUAGUUGAUUUUCAUAUUGAGCCUGCGAUGCCUCACGGCUGGCUAAACUAUCGAGACUCGCGUUCUGCGAAUAAAUAUUUAAGUUUAUUUCCGAGUGAAGAUGCGACGUCUCUAUUACGCGGCAGUGAAACAAUCGCAGGAGUCAUUUGUGCCUAUGCUCGUUCAUGCAGAGCUCAGAAAUAGUUUAACUUUUCUGAACUGGCAUUCUGAAAGAAAGCAUUUUAAAUUAAUUCAUAUAUCAAUUAAUAUAAAU